AUGGCUCAUUUUGCCAUUGGAGUCAGGUAUAUAUCGGCUUUAGGUGAUCCAGGAAUGAGAAGGGAUGGCCUUAGAUUGGCAAUAGAAUCAUGGAAUCAGUGCAAUGAAGUUGGAGAAGAAGUUCCUCAAAUGGGCAGCCCAAGAGCAGCUGAUUGUUUUGACAUUUAUAAGGCUUCUCCAAAGGUAGAAGAGAAGAACUGCUCUCUCUGCAAUUUUCCUCCCUAUACUUUGGUCCAUAGAGUCACUGAAGAUGACAACAAGCUUGGCUCUGGCGAUACCUUUCUUGGAAUACAUCCACAUGCCUUGCACAAUGCAAACCUUUAUGCUGCAGAGAAAGAGUUGUAUUUGGGAUCUAAAUGUGAAGUAAAAGACACCCCAAAUCCAUGGCAGUUUUGGAUGAUCAUGCUUAAGAAUGGGAAUAUGGACACCUUGGCUGCUAAGUGCCCACACAAUGGCCACAAAGUUGGACCUUUUGUGUCGGAUGGUACUUUUCCCUGCUUUGGGACAGGUUGCAUGAACCAACCAUUGAUUUAUCAUAACUAUACCACAUUGCAAGGGCCUACUAGGACUAUGCUCAGGGGAAGGUUUUUUGGAUCAUGGGACCUAGAUGUUGAUUUGAGUUUUGGAUUAGAGCAAAACAAAUCUUACUACUCGGUGACCUGGCAGAAGGAAAUUAGCAAAGGAAGUUGGGUUUUUCACCACAUCCUGAGAACCUCAAUAAAGUAUCCAUGGUUAAUGCUUUACUUUAGAUCGGAUGCCACAACUGGUUUUUCUGGUGGAUAUCAUUACCCGUCAAGGGGAAUGUCCAAAAUUAUUCCAGAAUCACCAAACUUCAAAGCGAGAUUCACCCUGAAUGUCCUGAGGGGUGGGGGGCCAAGCAGCCAGUUUUACCUGAUUGACAUUGGAGGCUGUUGGAAGAACAAUGGCAAGCCAUGUGAUGGUGAUGCAAACUCAGAUGUUACAAGAUAUAGUGAAAUGAUUAUUAAUCCAAACACAACUGCAUGGUGCCAAGCAAACAAGCUCAACCUGUGUCCACCUUAUCACACAUUCGCCAACGGGACACGAGUCCAUCGCAGUGAUACUGCUCACUUCCCUUAUGCAGCCUACCACUUGUACUGCUCUCCUGGAAAUGGAGAACAUCUUGAGGCUCCUUACACUUUGUGUGAUCCAUAUAGCAAUCCUCAGCCACAAGAGAUAUUGCAGCUUUUGCCACAUGCAGUAUGGGGUGAAUAUGGUUAUCCUACCAAGCAGGGUGAUGGUUGGAUUGGAAAUCCAAAGACAUGGGACCUUGAUGUUGGGAGACUUUCACAAUCCCUUUACUUUUAUCAGGAUCCAGGCACUGCACCAGCUAGAAGGCAAUGGACAUCAGUUGAUUUAGGAACAGAAAUUUUCAAAGACCCUCAACAAGUUGCUGAAUGGACUGUCACUGACUUCGACAUCCUCAUAUCCAAGCAAUGA